AUGCAGUGCACGAAAGAAGGAGAAGAAGCCGUCAAAACAAAUGUGCAGCUUCGGGGCCUCCUCUCCGAGACGAUCUACUGCAACCCCUACCUGCAGCAGAUGUGCCCCCCAGGUGACGUGGCGUGCCCGCAGUGCGGUUCGGACAGGUGCGAGUGCCCCGGCAGCCCAGGUCCGAGCCCCAGCCCAGACACCAAGUGCAGCUGGGAGGAGCACGUGAACAGCGACGGCAACAAUUUGCUGCAAGCUCCCUGGUCCCAGGACCCGCAGGCGUGCUGCAACCACUGCGGCGAGCAGUCGGGGUGCGUGGCGUGGACCUUCAUUCAGGGCAGCCACGAGUGCUGGUUGAAGAGCUGGGUGCCGUCUAGGGACCAGUGGCGCUGGGACGACUCGGCCAUCAGCGGCCAAAUCGGGGCGCCGAACCCCCAGGCGGCCGCUGCUGCGCCAAGCGACAGUUCGCUCCAGGGCCUCCUCUCCGAGACGAUCUACUGCAACCCCUACCUGCAGCAGAUGUGCCCCCCAGGUAACGUGGCGUGCCCGCAGUGUGGUUCGGACAGGUGCGAGUGCCCCGGCAGCCCAGGUCCGAGCCCCAGCCCAGACACCAAGUGCAGCUGGGAGGAGCACGUGAACAGCGACGGCAACAAUUUGCUGCGAGCUCCCUGGCCCCAGGACCCGCAGGCGUGCUGCAACCACUGCGGCGAGCAGUCGGGGUGCGUGGCGUGGACCUUCAUUCAGGGCAGCCACGAGUGCUGGUUGAAGAGCUGGGUGCCGUCUAGGGACCAGUGGCGCUGGGACGACUCGGCCAUCAGCGGCCAAAUCGGGGCGCCGAGCCUCCAGGCGGCCGUUGAUGCGCCAAGCAGCAGUACGCUCCAGGGCCUCCUCUCCGAGACGAUCUACUGCAACCCCUACCUGCAGCAGAUGUGCCCCCCAGGUGACGUGGCGUGCCCGCAGUGUGGUUCGGACAGGUGCGAGUGCCCCAGCAGCCCAAGCCCGAGCCCCAGCCCAGACACCAAGUGCAGCUGGGAGGAACACGUGAACAGCGACGGCAACAAUUUGCUGCAAGCUCCCUGGUCCCAGGACCCGCAGGCGUGCUGCAACCGCUGCGGCGAGCAGUCGGGGUGCGCGGCGUGGACCUUCAUUCAGGGCAGCCACGAGUGCUGGCUGAAGAGCUGGGUGCCGUCUAGGGACCAGUGGCGCUGGGACGACUCGGCCAUCAGCGGCAUAUUGGGAGGUCGGUGA